UGACGUUUACACGUCGAAUCGAACCUUUCCAUUUUUCUCACAUGUGACUUUAACUUGUGUUGUGACUGUGAGUUAACAGUUACUGAAGUAUAGAGGGUUUUAGUGAGGAUACGUGCUUCAUUGAAGAAUCAACAAUCUAGAUUAAACGCAGAGGGAGUUCCGGCUACAUUAUGUUUUCCUUGUGCCGCCGCUACACAGAUGAAUACGAACAUAGCGGAACACAAAUCAAAGGAGGGUACAUGCUACGAUAUAAACGAAAGUACUUCUGGAACUCGUGGUCCGAAGAAUGGGUAGUUCUAUAUGAUGAUUCAACUAUGGCCUGGUUUAAGGAUGCAAGAGGAAAAUGCAUGCCAACACAAAAGCACCUUGUAAAGGAAAGUCCGGAAAUGCUCGCAAUUGCAACCUGGACGGGCCAAGUGCCGCAAAGACCACCGCUGCCUUCAGGAGCAAAAUUAUCACAGCUCAUGGCUUUGGGGUCUGGAAAAGACCCCGACCGGGUUAUAUGGAUGCUUACUAAGUCAGAUGCCGAAACGAGAGAAUGGAUGGCUGCAAUAUCAGAGACCUUGCCUCCGCCGCCUCACAUCGAGCUAGUGAUGUCCAUGCCACACCUUCGUACUGCCUUCAAGAGACCGACUGUUCGAGUGAGGCCAACACCGGAGUUGUACAGUGGUAAUGGUGGCAAUGCGUUUGGAGCUCUUGACGGUCGUGGACUAGUUGCGGUCAUCAAGCGACAGGUGCCAUUGGCUGGGCAGUUGAAUAACGAGCUCGCCUGGGGCCAGGGAUGGGGUUGGGUCACGUUGCCCAAUGGUGUAUGGAGUGGAAGAUUGACUUGGUCCCAGGACGGUGAGGAUUUUGCUCUUCACGCGAUGCCCAUUAUGCACUACUCCAACGUCUCAGAAGCUUGCUCCAUGCUGGACGGAGUGACAGCUUACGAGGCCUCAGCGUAUGAUCAAGCACUUGCUGAAUACGAUGACAGUGCUACUGUCUCUGAUGAUUGGGAUUUCAACGUUGAUUGCGGAGAUUUUAUGAUGUAAAGGAAAUAUAUAAUGAUUUUAGGUUCAAACAAAACCCUAUUUGUUCGGUCUUAAAGGUUGCAGUGUAAAGAGCGAUGAGUUCUACCUUAACUGAAUGUGGAAUGUAUUAAGAAUUUUUUUUUUGUAUCCGAAAAUUAUGACGUAAAACUAAUGAUUUUGUGAAGUUAGAUAAUUUUUUGGUAUGUUCGACUUAAGGUAAAAUGAAAACUUUUUUUUUUCAUAUUUGACACAUGAUACAUAAGUUUAAAUUCAUAUUUUUUUUCGUAAUUGCUCAAUGUGCUGAUCAGAAAACUUGAAACUGAUGUGCCAAUUAUUAAAAGAAAUCUAUGACGAAAUUGUGGAAGCGUCUUAUGACUUUUGUACCUUUUAGGGUAAUAAACACGAGUGAAUAUUAAUGACACAAUAUUGAUUGAUUUUUCAAUACUAGUUGCAUGCUCUAUAGUUACGGUGUCAUAGAUAUGUGUUUAGACGAUAGUUUACUUUACUCUACAGCCUACAAUAGGCAAACUUAGAAUAGCAUAGAACUCCGAGCACUAUAGUCUCCUAUUUAAGCAUAUUUUAUACCAUUUAUAUUGCCAUAUGUUUUUAACUAUCUUCCUUUUUAUACAAUUUGUAAUGUGUAACUAUUAUUUGGUGUUCAGCAAAUUUCUCUGAACUUUUUGGAUUUUUUAUAAGCCACGUAACCAGGGUAAGAAAUCUUAUAAUCCCGAUGAAUUUAAAUAUUCAAAUGUAACAAAAGAUAAAUUGCAUUGUAUCCGUAUUUUUUUAUUUUUAUAGAAUAGGUGACAUGCUUGAUCCCCGUAUACACCAUUUAAAACAGUAGUAAAAAAAUAUUUUACAUGUAAGUAAAAAUCGGUGUUAGGAUGUAGUAUAUAUGUGGUAGUUAUUUAUUAACUCCAUAACCCAUGAGGUCUUCAAAAAAUUCUACAAAAUUGUGACCUAAAAUACUGGAUAAUAAACCUAGUUCGGUUUAGGCCUUAAAACUAGGACCAACAAAUACACGGAAUUGUUAGGCCUUUAUCCAAUUUUUAAGAUAGGUGUGUAGUUAGUAUUAUUGAAAGGAAUAAAUAAUAUCUAGUGGCUAAAAUGUUCCGACCUACCCAAAGACUGCCUUUCGUAUGUGACCUGUAUCCUGCAUAACGUGUAGCACCUGCGUGAAUCCUCCUCCUCCUCCUGCGAAUUCUUAUAUUGCAGAAUUAUUCUAUCAAAAAUAAAUAAAAAAUCUGGCUAAUAAACAUAGUUGUCUAAUUCGUUUAACCAAUUUUUAUGCCUUAAUUUUGUUUUUAUUUAAUUUUAUUGUCAAGUAUAUUAAAAAAGGCGUAAAUAAUUAUAAUUUAUAAUUCUGCAAUGUAAUUUUAUGUAAAUUUUAUAGCAAAUAAUCGUUUUUAAAUUUUGUGUAAUGAUAAUCUGUGUAUUGUAUCCAAAUGGUAUUACAAA